GGUAAUUAACCAAAGUUCAGGGAGUUUUUUGUAAAAAACUGGACUUGUAUCUCACCGCUCGCAUCCCCUAAACCCUAAACGCAACGGGCAACUUGGCGGCGGCGGCGCGGCGGCGCGGCGGCUGAGAUCGGCGUACGGCGCGUGGUGGAGACGCACUCAUGGAGAUCCAGGCAGCCGCGGAGAUCCCCCCUGCUGCGGCGGAGGACAACGCGAGCGCCAAGCAAAAGGCUAUUAGCCCUACUCUACUGCCUUAUGAGGUCUGCUUGGCGCAAUUCCCCGCGGAGAUGUAUAAGCGUGGGGUUUUGUCAGGUGGACAUGCAAUGAGUACUACAGACAAAGAAUAUAUGAAGUUUCCUGCAGAAUCCCCUUCUGAUGACAUGCUAAGUCCAACUGUAACCGUCAUUUUGAUGACGCUCUUUACUUGGUAUCAAAUUUACCAAGAAGCUAAGGAAAACAAACACAAAAAACUACCAGAGCACUAUCCCCAAGUUUGCUUCAAGAUCUUGUUGUCAAACACUUAUCUCUUGGUUGCCUGCAUGCUUGUGAGCAUUGUGCGAAAGGGCACUGACCUUGCUGCAUGGUCUUUUUUCUGUGCCCUGGAACUUUUUCUGCUCUCUCUGUCAGGAGCAUUAUGGGUAUGCCUUUACCCGUAUGGCUUCUUGGCUGCAGAGAUUACAUUUCCUGUAUCUUCCAUCAUUUCAAUUUUCUUGCUCUCACUGAAUGAUAAGCCAAAAUUGUUCUCAAGAGCAAGGUCAAAGCUCUUAAGGUCCAAGCUCUUCAAGUCUGCAAGGAGAGUAGGUGAUGAUUGGACCAACUGACUCGGGUCUGUUCAGGUACAACAAUGCUCGAUGCCAACACGUCGUCUACUCUGGGAACCCUGAUGAGAGCUUAAUGAAAGGCAAUGAAUUUUUUGUUGUUGGCGAGCAACCAUAUGCUGAAACAUUUGGUGAUAAUGCAGAACUCACCAUUGCGAAACGUGUGUUCCACGGUUAAAUGUGCAGUAUUUAUUAUUUCUUGCCGGCCUGUUGUCAUUGAACCAUAUCUUCCAAUGAUGGAAGAACUUGUCGCUGCUUGGCUUCCUGGCACAGAAGGUCUGGGUGUUGCAGUUGUACUGUUUUGUUUGGGGACUAUGGCUUCACUGGGAAGCUCCCUCGCACAGUCGCACCUGGUUCAAGUGUGUUGACCAAUGCUGGUGACCUACACUAUGAUCCCCUCUUCCCCUGUAUUUUGAUUUGACGAUAAUAAAUUCAUUCCAGCCAGCGUAAGUAACUUAAUCAAUAAUCCACAUU